CACACCCCAAGACUUCAGCUUUCCUGACUGGCUCGACACACUACAAUCAAUAUGGAUACUCCUCGGUCAGAGCAGACCCACACAGACCACACCAGUCGGACAGCCUCUGUGGGGUCCACUGGUGAGCAAAUGGACUACCUCGACCUUCCAGUUCGAGAACUCAACGAUGACGCCGACCUUCGCGAAUACACGACCGAGACACGCACCGGCGAAAUCAUCAAACCUGUCAAGUCCAAUGCCACAGGAAAAAUGGAAGACUGGAAGUUGGUGACGUUCACUAUCGAUGAUCCUGAGAACCCCAAGAACUGGUCGAAAGCGUACAAAUGGUACUGUACUAUGGUCGUCGCUUUCACCUGUUUUGUCGUCGCAUUCGCCAGCAGUGUCAUCACCGCCGAUUUGACAGGACCCAUGGAGUCCUUUGGAGUCUCUCGAGAGGUCAGCUUUCUGGUUGUUACGGUCUUUGUUAUUGGAUUUGGAGUUGGUCCCAUGGUCUUUGCUCCAAUGUCUGAAAUGGUAGGACGGCGUCCAGUCUACGCCAUCACCUUACUUAUUGCUGUGGUAUUUGUUAUCCCAUGUGCCGUUUCCAAAAAUAUUGGAACCUUGAUCGUCUGUCGUUUGAUCGACGGCAUUGCUUUCAGUGCACCCAUGACUUUGGUCGGAGGUACUCUGGCCGAUAUGUGGAAAAACGAGGAGCGAGGUGUUCCGAUGGCGGCCUUUAGUGCCGCGCCUUUCAUCGGCCCUGCUAUCGGUCCUCUUGCCGGUGGUUUCCUUGCUGACAACUGUGGUUGGAGGUGGCUUUAUUGGCUUCAGCUCAUCUUGUCCUUUGUCGCCUGGGUUCUUAUUACCUUCACCGUUCCCGAGACAUACGCUCCAAUCCUACUGAAGAGAAGAGCUGCGAAGCUGCGCAAGGCUGAGAAUGAUGAAAAGUAUACCACCGAGGCUGAGCUUGAUCCCCGCCCUCUUGGGCAGAAGCUGCGUAUCUUCCUCUUCCGCCCCUUCCAGCUGCUCUUCUUGGAGCCGAUUGUCUUCUUCAUUGCCAUCUACAUGUCAGUCCUUUAUGGUCUUCUCUACAUGUUCUUCGUUGCAUAUCCCAUCGUAUAUCAAGCUGGAAAGGGCUGGAGUGCCUCGAUGACGGGUUUGAUGUUUAUUCCAAUGGCACUUGGUGUUCUUAUGAGUGCCGCAUGUGCACCAUUUGUCAACAAGCACUACCUCAAGAUCUCGGAAGAAUGGAAUGGCAAGCCCCCAGCUGAGAAGCGUCUGAUCCCAAUGAUGUGGUCCUGCUGGCUUAUCCCCAUUGGUCUGUUCAUCUUCGCCUGGACUUCAUACCCUACCGUCCAUUGGAUUGGGCCAUGUAUUGCAGGAUGGCCUGUCGGUUUCGGAUUCAUUUUCCUGUACAACUCGGCAAACAACUACCUUGUUGAUACCUAUCAGCACCAAGCCGCAUCGGCUCUGGCAGCCAAGACCUUCCUUCGAUCAAUGUGGGGUGCCUCCACCGUUUUGUUCACUGAGCAGAUGUAUAACCGCUUGGGAUACCAGUGGGCAAGCUCUCUCCUGGCAUUCAUUGCUCUUGCCUGCUGCGCUAUCCCAUACAUUUUUUACUUCAAGGGAGAGUCCAUUCGCAAAUUCUCCAAGUAUGCUUUCAGUGACGACGAGGAGAAGGCUAUCAAGGCUUAA